AUGAAUCAUGAGGGGAGCCAGAGCCUUCACCCUUUCUUCUCCAAACCACAGCGGGGUCCCGCACCGCUUGAGGACCUUUCAAUCAAUGAGACACCCAUGAACGACGUCAACGACGACCCUGAUUACGAGCACACAACUACGAAUGCCCAGCCGGUAAAGGCAAGGAAGAAGCGAACAAGGAAGACCGAUGCUUCGCACACAAAGAACCAGGCAUCUUUGGAACAAUUCACGCAAUCUGUUCAAGUACAACAUGUGGAUCAAGCUGUGAAAGACGAAGUUGCUGGGCCAACACUCCAAGAAGACCUCAACCUCGAUCGAAGGAAGCGGAGAAAAACCGUAUCUCCUGCUCCCACGAUUCCCAACUUGGACUGGCCCCAGCAAAUACAGGAACAAGUUCGUGCGCCAGGUUCUGAAAGCAUGCUUAUGGCACCAACAGAGCCAGUGGAUGAAACCCCGAACACCCUCCUGCGCACCACCUCCCCCGUACCCACCCCAGCAGCCCCCGAAACGAUUGCGGCCACUGAUGAGCCUCUGGAUACCGACACUGUGGCAGAGAUUGUGACGCCGAAGAAGCAGAUAAAGAUCACCAAGAGCGGGAAACUAGUCUCAAGUCCACCGAAGCCUAAAACAGAGCACUCGACAACUCCGAAGAGACGACGGGGACGAAAACCAGCGAAACCAAAGGUCUUAUCCACUGUCACCAUCAUCAAAUAUGGCACAGAUUCCACAAGUCGGCACGCUAUCGGCGGAAGGAUAGACGCCAUCUUGGCUGGCAUAACGUCGACUGGGAAGCGCUCCACAACCACUAAGAAAGGGCUCUCCAAGCCGGCCGAGCCUCCUAAGAGCACACACCCUUUCUUCAUGGGUAAAGCUACUAAAGGAGUCGAAGACAUGCCCACGAAACCUGCCGCGAAUUUGCCGCCUCCCACUCCUAGGAAGAGCGCAGUCACGCCUGGCAAACUGAGGGCCGAGGCUCGACGAGACUGUUCACCUCAGCCCAUGCCUACCUUUGGAACAUCCUCGGGGCCCAAGCGCACUACAAAACAAGCCGGAUUAGAGGAGGAAGAGAUCAUGUCAAGAUUGGCCAGGGAUAUCGCCGCGGGCAUGAAACCCAACUUCGAAAUAUCCGAUUUCGACUUCAAGCCUCCUGAAGAUGUGCGUCUACCCAAGCGUCUGCUCACCACCGGUGUCGAGAUACAACGUAGGGUGCAUGAGCGCCUGCAGUCACAGGCACAUCCAGCUGUUCAAUCACUCUUCAAGGAUAUCGAGCACACCCUUACAGCAUUCGACGAGGGGCGGUGCGAGACACAGGCUUGGGCACAGAAGUAUAGCCCGAAGUGCGCCUCACACGUCCUGUCUGAGGGUAAAGACGCUUUGGUGCUACGCGAUUGGUUACAGAGCCUGACCGUGAUGGCUGUUGGAGGCGCGUCAGGCUCCGUCAAAAAUGAUGGCGUAGACGCUAAGCGGCCGCCUAAGAAGAAGCGAAAGAAGGCGGUGGACGACUUCAUUGUUUCGGACGGCGAUGAGGAAGACGAAGAAAUGAUUGAAGUCUCAGACACAGAUAACACAGGGCACACAAGAUCCUUCCGCCGACCUCGAUGGACAAGGAACAAUAACGUCAUUGUCAUUACUGGGCCACAUGGAUGCGGCAAGAGCGCUACAGUAUAUGCCGUCGCAAAAGAGCUGGACUUCGAAAUCUUCGAGAUCAAUUCUGGAACUCGCCGUUCCGGGAAGGAUAUACAGGACAGAGUCGGCGAUAUGACCGCAAAUCAUCUCGUAAACCACAAGAGGGCCGAAGCUGCUGUAGCGGAAGAUGAGGGCGCGGUGCUAAAAGAUGCCGACAACGACACCACACGCAUGGAUACUGCAUGCCAAAAGGACAUCGACAGUGGACGUCAAGGCACAAUGAUGACGUUUUUCAAAGCCAAUCCGACUACAAAACCAAAAGCAAAAUCCAAGCCGAAGACACAACAAGCACCAGGCGAGUUUCCAACGAGCGCGCGUAAGACUAUGCAGCCAGCCCUUCCUGGCGCACCGAAGUCGCAGAAGCAGUCCUUGAUUCUCUUUGAAGAAGCUGAUAUACUCUUCGAGGAAGAUCAGCAGUUCUGGGCGCAGGUCACGAAACUCGCCGCGCACUCGAAACGGCCCAUCGUUAUUACGUGCAACGAUGAGAGACAAAUUCCAUUCCAAGAUCUGCCGCUAGCCGCUGUCCUCCGACUUCGCCCACCGCCAGCGGACCUCGCCGUUGAUUAUAUGCUGGUACUUGCAGGCCGGGAAGGCCAUAUCCUGGAUCGACAAGCAGUGCGCCACUUGUUCGAGUCGAAAAAUCACGAUCUUCGCGGUAGUAUCACCGAGCUGAACCUUUGGUGUCAAAUGUCUGUUGGUGACAAGAAGGGUGGUCUGGAGUGGAUGUAUCAGCGCUGGCCGCCAGGCAAAGAUAUUGAUGCUCAGGGUCGAUUGCUCAGAGUCGCCAGUGAAGGCACAUAUCAGUCUGGAAUGGGGUGGCUAUCUCACAAUGUGUUCCAAACUUACAGCAACACUGUCUUUGACAAGGAAGAGGAAUUGUUAAACGAAGUUUGGGCUGAUUGGGGGGUCGAUCCAGAUGCAUGGGAGGCGUCUUCAUCACGUCACUCGAAAUCCACACAAUGUGAUUCUACGAGUAGCUUGGAGCAACUUGACAGUUUCAUGGACACGCUAAGUGCUGCAGACGUGUUCAGUCGCGUUGGGCUGCCUUCAUAUGAGCGUUACUUCGAGGAGCCUGCCGAUCCCACUUUACCACCCAUAUUCGACAAAUCGCGUCUGAGUUAUACACUCGCUGCGCCACUCCUCCAGGCGGAUCAUCAGACCGACUUUUUGCAGUUCGAUGCCUCGAUCUACACGCAGACCCAUUUGCUUGCUCGCCGCACCUUCCCAGAGCUGGCACGUCUUGUCUCAGCAUCCACCAGUCACAAACCCUCAACAGAAACCGAAUAUUCGACAGAGAUUCUCCGCAUUAGAGCCGCGAAAAGCAAGGAAUAUUUGUUGUCACGCCCUCAUUUUUCUUUCGCUUUAGACUGUCUUGCUGCGCCACCGGACCAGACACUGCCCGAGCGCACGUCAUUCAUUCUUACGCCAUCUUCUUUUGACCGCACUUUCCGUAUCAUAACCCUAGAUCUAGCUCCAUACGUGCGUAGCAUUGUUGCUCAUGAGCAGAUACUCGAAAGCCAACGCGUGCGCCUGUCUAAUCUUCUAAGCGCCGGAGGCAAUGGCAAGAGAUCGAGAACCACAAGAGCAAGUAGAGUGGCUUUAGAGGGUGGUGUCAGAGAGACAAAGCGACGCGAUCGGUGGUUUGACGCCCAUGUCAACUUUGAGCUCGUGAUGGCUACUGCUGGCAAAGACUGGACUGGCAUGGGCUGGCGGAACGAAGAAGAGAUGGAAGAGGGAUCAGCGAGCAUAACCGGCACACAGGAGAGUCUCGCUGGUAGUCAAGAUAUUGUCAUGAAUGAAGCAGGAGCAGAGCAUGUCAUUGCAAGUAACGAGCAAAUAGGUGCAUUAUCGCACAGUAUCAUAGAGUAG